UAUCCACCGGCGACAUUUCCCACCCCCCCCCCCCCACCCCACCACACCCCCACGGACAAGGAGCGAGGAAGAUACAAUCCUGGUGGAUCAUAGGCGGCUCGCGGUUCUGCAGUUCGGAUCCCGGAUUGAGUAAAUGGAUGGAAGGGAGCGGCUGUAGCCCCGGACCUGGGCGGGAAUUCACGUCACUAGAGCCUGCGGUGACACAUAAUGGAUACUCGCUCGUCUGCAAAGGUUAGAGAAUGAAUUGAUGAGGUGGUGGACUUCUUCUUCAGCACAAAGAGAGGAGAGGCUCUUGUUUACCGUCCGCAGUGGGAAUUCAAGGUGACCCCUAAGACCCAACAAAUGUGACACAAAUUUGACUUUUACAAGGAAGAGGAACUAAAAUCUGCCUCCCACUUUGAGAUGACCAAUAUGUGUCUGGACACCUGAGUGGACCAACCAACCGUUCUUAUUACUGUCCCCUUUGUAUGAACUAACAUGGACAAAGUGGUCGUCAGUCUCCUGCUUCUGGGAAUCACGUUUACAAUGGUCCGUGCAUGUCCCAAAUACUGUGUCUGCCAGAACCUCUCAGAGUCUUUGGGGACUCUUUGCCCCUCCAAAGGUCUACUCUUCGUCCCGCCGGACAUAGAUCGUCACACCGUGGAGCUCCGACUGGGUGGUAACUUUAUCCUCAAGAUCACCACUCAGGACUUUGCCAACAUGACGGGUCUGGUGGACCUCACCUUGUCCCGCAACACCAUCGGCACCAUCCAGGCCUUCUCCUUCAUUGACCUGGAGACCCUGAGAUCCCUUCAUCUGGACAGUAAUCGAUUGACCGAUCUGGGACCGGAUGACCUGAGGGGUUUGGUCAACCUACAGCACCUGAUCCUCAACAACAAUCAACUGAAUCGCAUCUCCAAAGUCUCCUUUGAUGACCUGAUGCUGACCCUGGAAGAUCUGGAUUUGUCAUACAACAACCUUCGCAGUGUGCCUUGGGAAUCCAUCCGCAAGAUGGUAAACCUCCAUCAAAUGAGUCUGGACCAUAAUCUUAUCUCAUUCAUCGAUGAGGGAACUUUCACAGAUCUAGAAAAACUGGCUCGAUUGGACCUUACGUCCAACCGUCUGCAGAAGCUCCCACCGGACCCUAUCUUUGGCCGUUCCCAAAGCAGCAUUGGGAUGACCACUCCGUACGUACCUCCAUUGUCUCUAAGCUUUGGUGGAAAUCCAUUGCACUGCAACUGUGAAGUACUUUGGCUUAGGAGGCUGGAACGAGAAGAUGACAUGGAAACAUGUGCUUCUCCUACAAGUUUGAAGGGCCGCUACUUUUGGUCAGUCCGUGAGGAGGAAUUUGUUUGCGAGCCUCCUCUCAUCACGCAACAUACACACAAGUUGCUCGUGCUAGAAGGUCAAACAGCGAGUUUACGCUGCAAAGCCGUAGGUGAUCCAAUGCCAACCGUCCACUGGGUUGCACCAGAUGACCGCCUGAUCAGCAAUUCCUCCCGGGCGACUAUAUAUGAAAACGGCACGCUGGAUAUUACAAUCACAACACCCAAGGAUUAUGGAACCUUUACUUGCAUAGCUGCAAAUGCUGCUGGGGAAUCGACAGCCUCAAUAGAGCUGUCAAUCAUUCAGCUCCCUCACCUGACGAAUGGUACAAACCGUACCACACAGUCCAAGUCUGGGCUUUCAGACAUAACAAGCUCUACCAAGAUCAGUAAGGGGGAGCCUAAAAUUCUGCCUGACAAUGCGGUAUCUGUCUCAGAAGUGUCCGCUGUCUCUGCCCUGAUAAAAUGGACUGUUAGCAAAUCAACUCCAAAGGUCAAAAUGUAUCAGCUGCAGUACAAUUGCUCUGAAGAUGAAGUCCUCAUUUACAGGAUGAUUCCCAUGACAAACAGAGCCUUUAUCGUCACCAAUCUUGUGCCAGGAAUGCAGUACGACCUGUGUGUCUUGGCUAUCUGGGAUGACAGUGCCACUACUCUUACGGCCACCAACAUUGUAGGCUGUGUCCAGUUCAUGACCACCGACGACUAUCCCCAAUGCCAGUCUCUUCACAGUGGUUUCUUGGGAGGAACCAUGAUCCUAGUCAUUGGAGGUAUCAUUGUGGCCACUUUACUUGUGUUUAUAAUCAUCCUCAUGGUCCGCUAUAAGGUGACCAACGGCAUCCAGACUAUAAAAUUACCCUCUGUGAGUAAUACUUACUCGCAGACCAAUGGGGGUAUGAACAGGUUCAAUGGAGCCCCACCACAAGUCAAAUCGGCUGUCGUGGUCAUGCGUGAGGAAAUGGUGGAGUUUAAAUGUGGAUCCCUCCAAAGCAGUAUCUCCUCAUCUUCAUCCUCUUCUAACUCACUGGACAGUCAAACAGGAAGAAGGGCUGGUGACUGCUACAGCAUGCAGGGAGCUGAAUGCAGCACCCUACCUAGCAGCAAGUUCCGGAGACAUAGGCACAGCUCAAAACCGCAGCCAAACCUGGACCACCUUUUAGGAGCCUUCACCGCAAUGGAGCUGCGUGGGGUAUCAAGAGAAGGUCAAGGGGUCCCAAGCCCAUCCAACACUUCCAGUGCCAUGAUAACGGGAGCUGUAGCACCCCUGUCCGACAAAGAACCUCUACUUGGAAGGGCAGAAUCCACCACCAUGUUGGGUCGUCUCCUUGGGCUACCUCAAGAAGGUAAACCCAAAAGAAGCCAUUCAUUUGACAUGGGUCACGCGGGUGCCACGCAGUGUCGUGGGACCCAUCCUCGCAGGAUCAGUAACAUCUGGACUAAACGCAGUUUGUCUGUUAAUGGCAUGCUACUACAGUACGAUGACAAUGAGGACGACAAGCCUAGUUUUGAGAGCUCUGAGUGGGUAAUGGAGAGCACAGUUUGAGUACCCUUGAGCAAAUUAUUUGCCAAACAAUACAGUUAAACAAGAACAAAAGAUGUAGAAAUUCCAAAGGGCAGAGUAUUCCACAAGGGACCAGUUUUUGGGGUUUUCCAUUAAUUUCAACCAAGUUAUUACUGUUUAAUAAAACACACAACUCAAACAGUCUCCAACUGAAUAUGAAUAAUGGUUCCUCUUUCUUGAGUCUUGGAUAAUGCACAAAUGGCCUGGAAUAACUCCUGCUCAACUUGGCACUUGACAGUAUCAAAAAGGGGAAAGAGAGAUGAAAAAUUCUGAGUGGAUUUACUGGGUCUUUAUCAAAUGACUUGAAUGCCAAGUGGAUUUUCCUCAGCUAUGGUGAAUGGGAUGUACUUGUGUGUGACCCGCUGCGUGAAAUGGGACUACUGCCACAAUUGAUCGAAGGACCACAGGAUCACCAUAGGGACAUUUCAAACUUUUUACAUUUUACUUUCCUCUAGGUUUUCUAUCAUUUUUACUAUUUAUUAUUUGGGGGAAAUCAUCAAGCAGCAGUGUGCAGCAUACCAAUGGGGUUAUUCAAAAUAAUCUACAUAUCACAAAAAUGCAUCUUUCAUACAGCCAAUUUUGACCAACACCAAUUACGAUAUUACCGUUUUUUUAAGUAGACGAAAGACAUUAGACCAUUAACUUCACCUUAAUUUCUACCCUUAUCGCUAUUUCACAGGAAAAUUGAAAACGCUUAUACAGCGGUACCUCAAUUUGCAAGUUUAAUUGGUUCUAUGAUGGAGCUCACAUCUCAAAUCACAACUAUCCCAAAUCAACAUCACCCAUUCAAGUCAAUUUGAAUCGAUAUUUAAUCAGUGCUGGGCCCCUACCAAAACACCACAGGUUUAGCAUGUUACAUGCUGAUUGUAGACAAUAUUUACAGCACAAUGAAUCGGGAGAUUACCACAUCGGUUAGCUUUACCAUUUAAUUCUAUAUCAAGCUCAGAUCAUUCUUGCCGGCAGACAAAACAUAACAGAGACAUGCAGAGUUUACAUCAAACUAUCAGCUCAACAAUUUUACACCAAAUUAUCGUAAAUUUAGCUGCAAGUACUUAAUCCUAAAAGCUCAAUCAAUCAUUUAAUCAAAGUGUAUUUAUACAGCUCCUAAUCACAAGUGUCUCAAAGGGUUGCACAAGCCACAACGACAUCCUCGGCUCAGAAAAGCUACUAAUUUUAUUUUACAAUGCCGGAAAAGUCGGUAUCGUUUUUGAUAAAUCCUUUUUUUUAAUCAUCCACUUCUCCUCAGCAUCCUCCUUCACAAACACUUUCUCUACGUUAAUGGUUGUAAAACAAUGUUAUGUUGCUCUCUAGCUACAAGAUAAUGCCAGCGAGUAAAACCCGAUACUUUGGGCAGAUCUUACGGAGUUUAUUCCGACAACCAGCCACAGGGAGGCUCGUAACUCAAAUGUUUGCUGGUAAUUUAAAGAGUAAUAAACAGCCGAGAGACAGCCCGCACCUCAAAAUACUUGUUAGUUGGGGCAUUCCAAGUUCAGGCACCGCUGUACCCAUAUACAAAGAAAGAAACAAAAAAAAGCACAACUUUUCGGGUUUAUGUAUCCGUUUAUUUCCUCCAAUUAGCUCUUCAGCUGUCAUUUUUUUAUUCCGAGUUGUAAAUGACAAUAUCAGAAUCAGUCAGUAUUCAGAAUUAGAACAUGAAAUGUCCGCGGUCCCCACUUUGAUGCCUUUCUCAAUAUCCUGUGGCUCUUUGCUGCAACUGAUUAUGUGGGUUGUUUAUGUUUUUUUUAUAGUUUUGAUCCUUAGGUGAAGCAUUCUGUAUAUUGGCAUAUUUUGUACAAUAACUGGGUGAGAAUGUAAACGUGGGGAACUUAUUUAGUGGUGUGUUUUUUGUUUUUUUUCAUUGCAAGCAAACAGUGAAGGUGCUUUACUGUGGUGUACUAACUUGGUCAUUUUUAGCUGCCUCAGUGAAACGGGAGUCACAGAGAUUGUCUUUUUUUUAUACUUUUAAAUUGGUCACCACUGGGUUACAAAAUGUAUUUGGUGUUUGGUUAAUUGAUUAAAAUCCCCAAAAAGGACAAAUACAACUGCAGCAUUUCCCAGAUGUGACACGCUGUGUUGAUAAAAGAGAAAUUUGUUUUAUGUGAAUGGACCAUUUAACUUGCUAGUUCUUCUUGUGUCCUCUUGUAACAUCCCCUUUCACGCUGCUAACUAAGAAUACCGUUUUGUUCAUGACUUGACAUAGUCAUGGUUGCCACCCAAGGCUCAAGUAAAAAAAAAAGAAUAAAGAUUUAUGUGUGAAAAAUGUUUUGCUAAGAAAAUUAUAUAAAAUGUUAAUAAAUUC